UAGCUUCGUCCUCGCCUGAGUAGUUUGAACCAAGCUGCUUACAGUACUUUGACACGGUGCAAACAUGGCGUUUGUAGCAGUGAAACUUUUUAAACUGUGAUAUCACAUGAAAUUAAAUGAGGAAGUUUAAACAAUCUCUUUGGAAUUAUUAAUUAUAUAUAUAAAUAUUAAAACGUCACAACAGGCAUUUUGUGUUCAAGCUUUGUUGUUGAAAGUCAUUGAAAAAAGCUCAAUUGUGAAAGGCUGAAAACAGAAGAAUUACUUUUUCAGCAUUCUUGAGCUUCACAUAUUCUGGAUGAACCUUCCGUGGACAUCAUUUCUAAGAGGAGUCUGUUUAUAUAUUAAAGUACAUGUGUAGAUCUUUACGUUACUGUGUCAGUCACUGUCUCUACGCAACAAUGACUCGACUGGAAGAGGCAAAUAAAGAUGUCAGCAUGCAUUCCUCAGUGCGCUAUCUUGGCUGCCUAGCCAGUUUAAAUUUGAUGGUGGCCUUAUGCAUGGGCCUUUAUGUAAGAUGGGAGAAGACAGCAGAUACCAUAAUAUUAGUCAUCUUUAUCUUGGGACUGUUUGUUCUAGGCAUCGCCAGCAUAUUGUAUUACUACUUCUCCAUGGAGGCAGCAAGUUUGAGUCUCUCCCAUUUGUGGUUUGGAUUUCUUCUUGGGCUGCUGUGUUUCUUAAAUAAUCCCUCCUUCAAAAGUGAUGUAAAGGAGGAAGCCACCAAGUACCUUCUGCUGACCAGUAUCAUCAUCAGGACGUUGUGGGCUCUGGUAGAGAGGGUUUGCGGUUGUGUCCGCUAUCGGCCAGCCCUUCUGACCUCUGCAGAGUUUUUGGAACUUGUUGGCUUUGCAAUUGCCAGCACUGCCAUGCUGCUGGAGAAGUCCAUGAGUAUCAUCCUUCUGGUAGCCUCUUUGGCCAUGCUGAUUAUUGACCUGCGGAUGAAGUCUUUCCUAGCAGUUCCAAACUUAGUUACUUUUACUGUGCUUUCCUCCAUCUUGUUUUUCCCCAGCUUAAAUAUUCCCACCAACCCUUUUGCCCUUGCAUGCUUCUUUAGCCGUCUGAUCUGUGACCCGCUACUUGACGUCUACUUUAGUGGGCUUUCUGUCACUGAGCGGUGGCUGCCAUUUCUGAACCGCGGCCGUCUGUGCAGGAGGCUCUCCAUUCUUCCACUGGGACUUGUUGAGAUCAUCUUCUUCAUCCUGGCUGCCUUUAAACUAGGGGAUUUGCAUCUGUGGUAUUUUGUGAUCCCCGGGUUCUCAAUUUUCGGGAUCUUUUGGUUGGUCUGCCAUGUUAUUUUCAUCAUAACAGUCUGGGGUUUCCACAGCAAAUUAAAUGACUGUCAUAAUGUCUACUACACACAACGUACUGACAGCAGAAACCUGGACAGGGUUAUGGCCUCCAAAGGAAUGCGACACUUCUGUUUGAUCUCGGAACGGCUGGUGUUUUUCAGUCUCUUAUCAACAGCAAUUCUGGGUGCAGUAUCCUGGCAGCCUACCAAUGGAAUCUUUAUGAGUGUGUUUUUGGUGGUCCUGCCUUUGGAGUCGCUGACUCAUGGUCUGUUCCAUGAACUGGGAAACUGUUUGGUAGGAACCUGUGUGGGAUACGCGGUUGUAAUCCCCACCAACUACUGCAGCCCUGAUGGCCAGACAACACUUCUUCCGCCUGAGCAUGUGCAGGAGUUGAAUCUCCGGUCGACUGGCAUGCUGAGCAGUAUUCAGAGGUUUUUUGCCUACCACAUGAUUGAGACCUAUGGCUGUGACUACUCUACCAGUGGUUUGUCUUCCGAUACCCUCCAGACCAAGCUCAAGUCGUUUCUUGAACUGCGGACCGCAGACGGCCCCCGACAUGACACCUAUGUUAUAUAUUACAGUGGUCAUUCUCACAGCUCUGGCGAGUGGGCUCUUGCAGGAGGAGAAACUUUGCAACUUGAAAGUAUCCUUGACUGGUGGACGGAGAAGAAUGGCACUUUCUGCUCACGGCUGAUAAUUGUAUUGGACACUGAAAAUGCCCUUCCUUGGGUUAAAGACGUGAAGAAGGUUUGUGACCUCUUUGUUGCAGUCCAGGGUGCAGGAAUGGCCAAAGUUGUAAAUGUUGAGGAAGCAGAUCCACCACAGCUGGGUGACUUUACUGCAGAAUGGGUGGAGUAUAACUGUAACCCAGACAACAACAUCAGGUGGGCUGAAAAAGGCCGGACUAUAACCCCAGUGUAUGGUGUAUCUAAACGCUGGAGUGACUAUACACUCCAUUUGCCAACAGGAAAUGAUGUUGCAAAGCACUGGAUGACAAACUUCCCCCAUGUUACCUAUCCCCUUGUUCACCUGGCUAACUGGUGCGGUGGAAUGCAAAUCUUCUGGGCCUGUACUUUCUGUUUCCGAUGUUUCAGGAGGCUAAAACUGAGUUGGUUCCCUCCAACUGUGCUAGACACAGGAGCAGGAUUUAAAUUGGUUAAAUCAUAAAAAACUACUUUUUUUUUUUUUUUUUUUUUUUUUUUUGCACUUAUGGUACAGAUUUUAUUUUAUUUUAUUUUGUAUAUUUUUAUUUUAUUUUUUUCAAUCUAGAGGAUUUUUCCACCUGGGUGAAGUUUUGCUUUUACUUUGUGUAAAUGUAAAUGGAAAAGUGUGGAAACUAAAGAUGAACUGUUACUGUAACUUAAGUAACCUAUGCUUUUAAUAUAAUGUUCAAGAUGUCCUUUCUAGCAGCUGACCUUUGACUUAAUUGUACAGCUGUGUGUUCUGAUCCAGCUCUGUUUUGCCCAGCUAUGAAAUAGUUAUCACAUCACAUUGAGUUAGGAGUGGUGCUCGAUUUGAAAAGAAAAUAUUCUCACUGUACAUAUGUCCGCAUUCAUACAGAUAGAGACUGGGAAGGUGGAUUUGGCACAAAAAAUAAGUGUAAACAAAAAUAUACAACACCCAGCGUAAAUGCUUUAUUAGGAAUUUUUGUGUGGUGUUGAACAAAAACUGUUGGGACUGAUUUGAUCUCUAAUGUUGCAUUGCUAUAUGCUGUACUACACAAGAAACCACAUAAGAAAAUGUAUUUUGCAUGCAUUGACCCUCAGCGAAUUAAUGCAAUGGCAAAUCUUCCCUACAAAGAUCAUUGAUCUCGACUACUAAACAUGCUCAUAAAUUAUUCACACAAAUGUAACACUAAUCCAUUUUCAAAGAUUACACUUUUAUGGAAGUUAUGCUUUUUGAUAGAAAAUGUUUAACGGUUAGCAAAAAAUAACAAUUAUUGUUUCUUUGAAAGGACAUCUUAAAUGCAGCUAAUUUACAUUACAAUAUGACAGCUUUAAAAGAGGACUGCCACAUGGUGCAGGGUUGGUGGAGAGGACAAUACCCCUCAAAACUGACAUUCUCUCACUUAUUAUACUGUAUAGGUUAAAAGAUGGUGAUACAUAUUUUUGCUAUGACUUCCAGACAACCUGCCUGCAUGCACCACUGGCAUGGGAAAGAGAGCCUUUUCUAAGGAUGUUUUAGUUAAGAGUUGAUUUUCCUAAUCUAAUAGUUACUGAUUCUGUGAGUUUAUUUAUUGAUACUGUUUGUGCGCGGGAAAAUGUAUCAUUGUUACCCAAGAAAGAUAUUUUCCUACAUAAAGCCAUUUCCUACACUUUU